CGGCUACUGUCCGGAAAGGACGCCAUUCCCGAGCGUGAAGUGUUGGACUAUAUUAAGGCGAACCCGACGUACGAAGUGUUUAGACCCGCGUCGCUGAAGGAUAAGAAACGGGAGGACUCGCCGGCCGCUAAGAACGCCUUUCCGUCGCCGCAAAAGAGUCCGACCAAAAGGGAGGACAGGAAUAGGACACCCAUUAGUCGUAGCAAUAGUAGGAGUGGCGGAGACUUCGAGGGCAUGGACCCCAUCCGAGCCAACGUCCGCACGACACUCAAGGAUACACUCAUUAACAGAUGCAAAGAAGCCAAUGAAACACAUGUCAACUCGAAUGAGAUCCAGAAGACGGCUAAUCGUAUCGAAGAGGAG